GGUAAAAAAUUAAAAUCCUUUUAUAGUGUGUACAUGGUGUGUACAAGUGUGUGUACAAGAAGCAUUUUUGAAUAAAAAAUCCACAGCCUCCCAUUACAUCGAGAAUAACGUGGAAGUGGAAACUUCUUUUGCAGCUCUAGAGAUAUUAUCCAUUCACCUUGCAUUUCGGUUACUGUGAGAAAAAACUCAUAGCGAUUUAGGGUUUUAAAUGCAGGUUACUGGAAUAUGCUUUGAUUCCUUUUGCUUUUUUCUUCAAUUCGCAUGUAAUUGUUAGGGUUACCUGCGGUAUGGCUGCUAAAGAUAGAAUCAGUGAACUUCCUGGUGAUGUAAUUGACCAUAUUUUGGGGUUCUUACCAAUUCGAGAUGCUGCUAGAACUUCUGCUUUGUCUACAGUUUGGAGAGAUGUCUGGUUAAGUCUUUCCCAACUUAGAUUUGAUAGGAAGUUUUUCAAUUACAUCCAGUACAACUACGUUAUGGCCUCGGCCAUGUUUAUCAUCAACAAAAUUCUUAUGAAACAUAAUGGACCUAUUCGAAAAUUUGUCUUUGAUUUUACCAUGUUUUAUUUGAAAGACGACGAAGAUAAGUCUCGAUGGGCUGAAUUUGAUGAAUUGUUACUUUUUCUCACAAGAAAUGGUGUUGAAGAAAUGGACCUAUCUUUUGAGUCAUCUGCGUACAUAUUGCCUGAUUUCAUAUAUUCUUGCUCAACACUGAAAAAGUUGAGUCUUUGUGGAGUGUUUAUUGAACCAAUAAAGGCCUCAUGCAUAUUUCCUAAUGUCACUUCUCUUUAUCUUGAAGAUGUUGAGUGUGAUUCAAAAAAUCUUGUUCAAUGUCCUGCUGACCUUCCUAUGCUCAAGUCUCUUGUGUGUCGAAAUAUUUCUGGUUUUAACAUCACUGCCCCAAAGCUUAGCUGUUUAACAAUUUGCUUUACUCUUAGACAAGGUAUUCUUCCUGUUAACUUGGACAUGAAAACAAUCCAUUCUCUUCAUCUCGAUGAUUAUUCGACAAAGGAUUUUAUUAAAGAGUUAACUAGAUUGGGAAAGCAAGGAACUACACUCAAUGUGAACCACCUCAAGCUAGGGGUUGAUGUCAAAGAUGAUGAAAUUUCUGCGUUCAUUGAUUUGUUGCGGAUGUGCCCAAAGUUAUACAGACUUGAUAUACUUCUACCGUGGGAUGUAGAGGCGACUACUAUAGACUUCUUGUUGGAGCAUCCAAAGUUUAAUGUGGCCGAAACAUGCAAAACAGUUCAUGAAUUGCAUCUUUUCUGCAUGUUUAGUGGGUCAAGGGGAGAAAUGCUACUCUUCAAGUGGCUACUUACAUGCUUUCCCAUGCUUAAGAAGCUUUUCGUAUUCCAAAGUACAGUAUUUUCCUCCCAGACGGAGAACAGAAAAAAGCGGAAACUUUUGCGCUUUCUCCGGGGUUCUUCAAAAGCCAACAUUGUUUACAUUAUAGAACGUCGUUAGAUUUGUAGUCUAUUUGAAGUAUUUUGUUAUACAUAGUGCAUAUGACUAUUUUCAAGUAAGGAUGUUUUUACUUGGACUGUAAUUUGCCCCAGACCAGUCCAGACCAGACCAGACCAGACCAGUUCAGACCAGACCAGACCAGACCAGACUUGGAUAGUUAUAAAAAUACAAAGAAACCAGACCUUACCAGACCAGUUCAGACCAGACCAGACCAGACCAGACCAGAUCAGACCAGAUCAGACCAGACCAGACCAGACCAGCAAAUUACAGUCCAAGUAAAAACAUCCUAAGUCAUCUAUAUGUAAACUUUCAACCUCCAAAUUUUGCUGAAAGUUCCCUACUAGCUUUAUGUCUUUAAGGCCAGCACGACUGAAUUUCUUUAAGUGAGAUUUCUCCAUCCCCUAACCUACUAUGAUCUCGGGUACUGAAUUUCAAGAUUUCAGAAGUGGAUCGAAAUCGAGCUUGUUAUAUUCGGGCUGGUUGAUUUCGGCUCAGUUACGAAUAGAGGAUUUCGGGCCUGAUUUCAAAAAGUAGAAAUUCAGGCCUGCUUCGAAAUUGAGGAUCUCGGGCCUUGGUUCAAAAUUGAAGAAUUCGGAGAAAAGGAUUUCGGGCUGGCAAACUGGAGAAGAUCUCGGUUGCUGAUCUCGGGAGUAGCUCAAAUUCUUUUGUUGAAGAUAUAAGAUUUCGAGUACGCGAAAAACUUAAUCUCGUACAAAUAGGGUUCCUUUCGUGAUCUUCUUUUCUUCCUUUAGAGCAGCUGCAAGUCUGCAACACAAACUACGUAAAAUACCAAGAAAAAAUCUAGAACUAAUUCAACCAAAACUUGUGAUUUUGAUCAAAUUAAUUCCUUCAAAAUUCUCAGAAUAACGUUGAACAGAAUUAUGCUGAGGCUUUGAUGCCAAUUGUAUGUAAUCCCAGAUCAACAGUCGAAUAAACUCUAAAUAAUAAUAUGGAGAAAUUGAGUAGAAGAGGAAUAAUUCAUCAACAAUUAAUAUUAUAUAUUCAUAAUGAUGUGACAAUAAUACAUGAUAUACGUAUGAAUUGUUGAGAGAGAAAAAUUAGAGGUGCUCUAUGAGAAUGAUAAGUGCGGAAUUAAUCUUGUGGAGGC